AUGUCUGGUGGUUGGAAUACAAUUGAAUCCGAUGCAGGUGUCUUCACCUUUCUGCUCGACCAUCUGGGGGUCAAAGAUGUACAGUUUGAAGAAAUGAUCACACUCGAUGCCGAUGAGUUGCGCCAGCUCGGUCCGGUCUACGGCGUCAUCUUCCUCUUCAAAUACCCCACGGGCGAGAAGGCCAACACGGAUGGAACCCCCAAGGACGGUAAAUACGACUAUGCGGCCGCCGAAAACACCUUCUUCGCUGCGCAAACCAUACAGAAUGCCUGCGGCACACAAGCUCUUCUCUCCGUGCUCCUGAACAAGACGGAUGUGAUCGAUGUUGGUGUACCGCUGAGGGAGUUCAAGGAUUUCACGUCGGGCUUCCCGGCCGAGUUCAGGGGCGAGUGCUUGAGCAACAGCGAGUUGAUCCGGGAUGUGCACAAUAGCUUUGCGAAGAGCAGUCCUUUUGUGGAUGAGACGCAACGGACGGCUUCGGACGAUGACGACGUGUAUCACUUCAUUGCGUAUACGGCUAUCAAUGGCAUUCUCUACGAAUUGGACGGUCUCCAGCCAGCCCCUAUCGCACACGGUGCUAGCACAUUCGAAGAGUUCCCAGAAAAAGUCAUCCCGGUACUGCAAAGAAGAAUCGAGAGGUAUCCCGCCCAUGAGAUUCGGUUUAAUCUGCUGGCUAUGGUAAGAGACUUGCGGGUUCGGGCGAGGGAGACUGGGGAUGUGGAGAUGCUAUUUAGGGAAGAGCAGAAGAGGAGGGAUUGGCAGUUUGAGAAUGCGCUGAGGAGACAUAACUUCGUGGGCUUUGCUGGGGAAGUGUUGAAGGGUGUCAUGGGGGAGAAACUGAAGGAGGGUCCAGAGGCUUAUACCAGAUGGAUCAAUGAGGCGAAGAAGAAGACGAAGGAGCGGUCGGAUCAGGGGAAGAGGAGAGGCGAUGAGGACGAGGAGAUGGCAGGUUGA